AUGGCGUUUGACUGCAACGUACAGAUUCGAGGUGUAAGCGACGAAAGUUAUGUGUUAUCGAGCUAACGUGUGAUACUUGGCAAGAAUCGCGAGUACAGAAAAGUGCGGAUCGUGUGCCGAAAUUUAUUGUCGCGUUCUUGGUUAAGUAACCUCCGCCCGAGCGUGUUGCGAACACGAAACAGUGCAGUUAUAACCUAAUUAACCUAUCCGCGUUUUCGCAGGUUUGUUUCUGGUCCGGAUCGGAAUACUAUAUUCCGUCUUCGUUACGCGAAACGCGAUAUUCGCAAGUGUCGUGCUGAAUUCUCGCGAGUGCAAUAUAGCGACACAAAGCAGGCUUCAGUUAACCACGGUUAGCAUUAAUUUGCGUAGUUAUUGCACAUUACGACGCAGUAAUCGGGUUAGUGAACAUCCUUCGUGUCCCGCGCAUCUCCCGACGACGUGAGUGGGUAUACCGUCGUGAGAUGCGUCGCGAUCGAGACGUGUCGAACGGCGGCACCGUGAGACGUCCUCGGUGAGGAAUCACUCUCGAUGCAGGUGGAUGCAGUCGAUAAUAUGCGCCGCGAUCGCCGAAGACGCGUAAAUGCAACCGGAACUAAAGCGCGGAGUGGAGCGUAAACUUCCUCGAAAGAACGGUCUGGCAUCAAUACAUAUAUUGCACAUUUAUUUUCUAUUUAUUUUGUGAACCGCUUAGAGAAAAAGACAGAAAAAGAAAGAUGAAAGCAUUCGAAAGCGCAGGCUGGCCCACGAACGCGUCAGCAGCGGCGGCGGCGGCAGCAUUACCGUACGGGGAAGACGUAGUAAUGAAUUUGUUUAUAUUUUUUGUAUUUGCCGAUGACCCCGUCGAUGGUUGUUUCGCUGGGCGGUACCAGUUGGAGUAUACCACAGCAACCGCAACCUCACCUGUUGGUGGUGGACCCGUUGGUCGUGCAGCAGCAGCAACAGCAACAGCAACAGUGCAAUCAGCAGACCGUCCCGUCAUUGAAUCGAACGCCAGCAGCAUCAUCAGCAUCAUCGGGAGGUGAUCUGCAACAGCAGCAGUGCCGCAAAAUGACUGACCAGCGAGAGCAACAGCAGCAACAGCCGCAAUCCCAACCACCACCGCAACAACAGCAACAACAACUACAGCAACAUCAAACCAAAGGCAAUGAGGAACCGAGAACGAAUCUGAUUAUUAAUUAUCUCCCGCAAAACAUGAACGAGAAGGAUCUGUACAGCUUAUUCGUGACUAUCGGUCCGGUCGAGUCCUGUAGAGUCAUGAAGGAUUACAAAACUGGUUAUAGUUAUGGCUUUGGUUUCGUCAACUAUGCGAAGGCAGAGGACGCUGCGACUGCGAUAAGCACGUUGAACGGAUUACAAGUGCAAAACAAACGCCUGAAAGUCUCGUUUGCUCGCCCUUCGGGAGAGGAAAUUAAGGAAACUAAUCUUUACGUCACGAAUUUACCAAGAAAUAUAACGGAGAGCCAAAUCGACGAGAUUUUUAGUAAAUAUGGCAAUAUAGUGCAAAAAAAUAUAUUGAAGGAUAAACUGACUGGUCUGCCGAGAGGCGUAGCCUUUGUCAGAUUCGACAAAAGAGAAGAAGCUCAAGAAGCUAUCGCACAACUUCACGGUACCAUACCAGAGGGUGGAUCGGAGCCGCUUAGCGUAAAGAUCGCGGAGGAACACGGGAAACAAAAGGCUGCGUAUUACGCGGGCUGGCAAGCCGGAUACAAUCAAAGCCGCGUUGCCUGCGAUAUGUCUCUCGAUCGAACAGCUCUUUCUAUCUGCGUACUCAAUUCUUCUCGUGCCUCGUCUUAUUUCUCAGAUUGGAGAGCGUCUGUACCCGACAAGGAAUAAAUAUCAGCGCUAUGCUCAUUACCUUUACUAAAAGGCGUGUACGAAACAUUGUCGCGUUGUUGUCCCGCCUUGUAUCGCCGUGAAUGUUCCUGGUAACAUUUAUAUACACACGUACAGGGUCGUUUCCGCGGUUGGCGAUCGAACCAAGGUUUCCCGAUAAAUUCGCGGAAUCGUGAUCACGACCGUAUGCUCAUGAUGUGUUCCACCGGUGUAACUUGUAACUACGCAAGGGGAACGUUCGCGGUGGUGCUUGGCGGUUCGCGUAACAGAAGCGCUCUUUUGAAAUGAAUUUUUGAUUCGCCGAAUCGUUUUUGGAUUUUAUUAAUCUUCCUCGCAAUUGCGUACCUAAGUGCUUCUGUUAUUAUUAGGUCCAUUUUUUCGAAUCGAAGUGCGAUCUUAGCGCUUAAGUUGGAUCUCAAGUUACACCGUAUGUACGUAUAUAUUCUGUCACAGAUAUGUAAUCAUAUACAAAUUUAUGUGCGAGGUGAAAAUAGAUAACAAGAAUAAAUUGUGGCGCGAUCGUUUCUUCAGUCUUCUUUCUGUGAGAAACAGUCUGAUUUCUUUAUCUCCGUGAACUGGAAAUGAUCUGUUUUAGUGAUGAAAGUCUGUAAAAUCAUUUUUAAACUAAAUCUUCAGCCAACGAGAGAAGUUCUAUUCAUAAGGUGUAAAAUUGAAAAGAUGCAUGCAACUCUGCAUUGAAUGUGAAAUUGUAACAAGUCUUCAACUCGGACAACGAUUAUAUCGAAAUAGUCAUUGUAUAUCGCAAUAUGAUUUUUGCUCAACGAUCGUACAUCGAUCGCGAUUACCCGACGAGCCUAAGCACUUUCGCAGUGUACAUAAGUCUAUUCCAUAAUUUUAAGUCUCCUGCGAUUUUUGUUAUUCCGAAUACAGUAUAUCGAAUCGUUGUCGUGUAUUGCGAAAGUCGAUGUGAUUAAUGUGCAAUUUCAAUUGACUUGACGACGUGUCUCGUUUGUGAGAUCCUUCUUGGAUUAUAGACAGCGGUUUCUCGUUAGGAAUAUUACACACUACGUGUGAAAAUGAUCAUAAAUCCGACUAUUUAUAGAAAAAUAGGGAAAUCUCCCAGAACAGACUUCUGCUGUCUGCCACAUAGAUAAUAUCAAUUCUCAGCGUAUGAGAUGACACUUUACGCGCGGCAGUUCUUGUUGGUAGUUACGUAUAGCCGCCGCGACCUUUAUGAAAUUCAUAGAUCAAAUGGAUAUAUAACGAACAUCGUUUCUCAUAGUAGAAAUCAAUACCUUUUUAAAGUUAUUAUCAGGUAGCCAGGAAAAAAGAAUGCUACGCGUGCAUCAAUGCUUCCGCUGCGAGCUGAGAAUGCAUUCGACUAUGCUCUCGGUGGCGAUCACGAAUGAAAAGAGUGAAAUGAGUACGUCAAUGUAUGUCUGAGGCAGCAUGACAUUUGAUUCAGCGCUAUGCGUUUGCAGAAAAUGAUACUUUGCAGACGAAUUACGUCUCGGGUUCGGAAAAUCUGUAUUUUCACACGUAAAAUAGAGAGAAAUGUGAUAAAACACCGAUUUAUUUCUGGAAGGCAUUUGAAUGUAAUCGGAUAGUAUUCUAAAACUGAGAUAUUCUCUCAUUAUAUUUCUGAUUUUAGUUAACUUUUUGUGCGGCUCUUUGGAACCUGAGAUAAAAUUUUCAUUUGUACAUCUAUAUAUAAGAUCUGAACGGCAAUUUAUCUUAAAAAAGAAAAUCUGUUAUGAGAGCAUCGUCGCGACUAAAUAUAUACAUAUAUAUCCAAAUUAAUGUUGAGAUUACUGUUUAUAAAAAAAUGCAAUCGAUCUUGCGUCAAUUUUAACUGUGGAAGUCAGUGAUAUCAUCAAACGGAACCACUUGGCUUGCGCCAUCGAGUGCAUACUAGAGCAAUAGUUAGUGAAUCAAUGAUAAACGUGUUGAGAAAUAGACGAGAUAACGUUCGCGAUUUCCGUAAAAUAGAACUUUGCGUCGUCUGGCCGUGGAUUCCUCCCGUGCCGGGGAGCAACUAUUCUUCAACGCUGUUAGAUACUUUCGUCACUUUGAAUCUUGAACGACGCUUUAUAACGAGCGGUGAUUGAGAAAGGUAGAGAGGGAGAGAGGUGGAUCUUAAAGAUUAGGAAAAUUUAACAUGUAUGUUCUUUGACUCUGACAAUCGUCCAUCCUUCGUGGAUAUAUCGCAUCUGGCGAUGUACGUGGCAGAAAAUAAAAGUGGAACGUGGUUACAUACUCGGAGCGCGAUAACACGUUUGAUUCUUUUGUCGUAAAUAAAAUGCGAACAGAAAAUCUUGAUCUAUUCAUGCCUCAUGUCUGAUCACGUUCCAUUUUUUUCUGUCUUGUAGUAGAUCGCGUUUGUGAGAGAAAGAGGUCUCUUAACUGGUGUUUAUUCUCAACUAAUGCUACUCAGUCGCGAUUACUUUCUGCAGGAUAACAGGGAAUUAGACACGUAUAAUGACUUUUGCGUUGGCGAGGAAUUUCGACAAGUUUCUAAAGACAUAGAGAAUGCUUUCCAGAUCUCCCAAAAAUUGCAAACCAAAGAUAGACGUGUAAACUGCGGAAAAGAUUGCGGAUUACCAGUUAAGGGUGUUCUGAAAUCCCUUAAUCGCGCAACGCGAUCGAGGAUACGAUCCACCUUGCUCAACGUAAAAUAUUUAGACGCUUCCUGGCGAGGACGAAGCUCACCAUGUCGGAACUUUUAGGAAUUUAAUAUUGCGAAUGCGCCGGCGUUUGACCCGCUUCGGUGGCUGACCGAUCGAUCGUUGGAGAGCUACGAGAACCGAUGAACUACAUUUUUAAGCGCCACUGCGUUCGCUAGUUUAUAUAAUCGCACGAGACAAGAGUCUACUAUGAAAAACAGAAAAUCAAUUUUUUAUAGCAAAAAAGCAUUUUAGCUAAAGUCGUUAUUUGUGUGUACUUCAUUUUCUUCCAAUGCCUUUACAAUUUAUUAUAUUAAUGAGAUUUAACUGUAUUUAUUAAGUUUGUCAUUAAAAAUCAAGAAUCAAAUCCACGUUUAAUUUAAUAGUCUUCGACGAUCGCUUGGUCAGGCAACGAACAUGGAAUAUGUUGCACAGAGCUCGAUUGCCGUUGUAAAUGAUCGAUGAUGUUGUCAAGGAGAUCGAUUAAACGUUGAAAACUUAAUUAUUAAGGUAGAUAAAUUAAUAUAAGGUAUCUUGCCGUUAUGAGAGCAACUCACGUCAUUAUUUCGACGGUCUUAUCACAAAUAAUAUAUCCACGUUUAUUCAUAACAUGAAAUUCGUGAAAAUAUUGCGAUAAUAAUAUCACAAGGGAAAGUUUAUGAUAUCCGUACUUUUACAAAUGCCAAUAUCGAGAAUUACACUGUUUAUAACACAUCAUUGCGAUAUUAGAAUUCCAUGACUUUUCUUGUACUCGCGACCGGAUGCCGAAAUAUGACGCGUGCGAGCUCAACUUAGCGCCGUAAAGAUACAAUUGUAAAUAAGUUUAAAUUUUUAAUUAUUAAGUAGUAAAUUGUAAGGUCUAACGGAUCGAAGAAUGUGCGAAAAAUGGUUAAUCCCGAAGUCCAGUAGCGCUAACGAUGGCUGUGAUAAGGAUAAGGAAAUACUAACGAGAAUGCAGGAGAAAAAAAUAAGAGACACACCGACGAGACAAGCGAAUAAUUAGCGAAGCUUAUCUUUCCUCUCUUUCGACUUGACUUUUAAGCCGAUUCAACUUGAUUUUGAUUCUUCUGUACGUGUAAAUAUAUAACAGCCAUGUGCAAUACACCGGCAUAAUCGAAAACAGCGAACUUAUAGUACAAUGAAAAAUCGGCUUUCUCGUAGCAUCUUGCCUUAGUCAAUACGCGAUGAUUAUUGCUAAAUUAAAUGCGUUAAGGGUGUUCACGAAAUUAUCGCAAACACACACAGAAACAUAUAUUUUUAUGCUUCUUUCAAGCACGAACCGCGUGAUUUUCUCAUCAGUAGUUUAAACAUGAUUUAGGAUUUUCAUAAUUUAUCGUUAAUUGAAACUGUUUCCAUAAAUAAGGGGUUCCAUCAGAGAUCAAAUAUUGGCACGAUAAAAUAAAUAUGAGUUUAUACACACAAAUAAUAUUUUGUCGCAACGUUUGAUUCUGCAAAUUAUCUCUGACCAAAAAACGGCGAUAAUUCGGUAACACCCUGCUCUCGAGAGAGAGGAAAUUCCUCUUCUUCGGCCUCGGUCAAAAACGCCCGCGACAUUCUCGAUGAUUAUAUCCAUCGUGUUUUUCUCUCGUUCACUAUGAAAUAAAAUAUAUUAUUAUCAACGUAACACACACGCGCGCGCGCGCGCGCGCGCGCAUACACACGUACACACGCACACGCACACAACUCAAAAGAAAUCUGAAUUAGCAAAUUGUCGUUAGGCAAAUCUUUAAUGUUACAUAACGGUGCAAUGGUGUCAACAUCAAUGUACACACAUACACAUGCAGAUACAUAUUUGUAGUGGUAUAGAAAGAGAAACACGCAAAAAACUACGACACACUAUAGCAAUUACAGAUCAAUGUUCGUAUCUUGUUGUACGGAUAUUUGUAUUUAAACGUGUUGAACAUUAUAAAUGUGAAUUAUUGUACCAACCAUCGCUUUUUGUGCUGAUGAUACGCUCAGUGGACCCGUCGUGCGACGAUGUCGAAUGUGAGCACGAGUCAAAUAUCUAUCAAAUUUUAAAGCGAAGAGAAAAAGCUGCAUUAAAAAUAAUUGCUCUCUGUGAUACUUUUAUACACGUUCGUUCUCGACACACGGGAACGCUAAACGUUAUCGAAAAGUGUUCAAAAUCAAAUUACGAGUAUUGUAUCGCGUUUCUUUUCUUUUUUUCUUACGUUGUGACUUUAGUAGAAAUUUUUAAUAUUCUUGACAAUCGGACAAACUGAAAUAUGAUGAACUCGCGCGAAAAUAUUAGAAUCAUCAGGACAAAAAGAACACUCUGGAAGAUCGACGCUUUAAAAAAGAAAAGAACGUGUCAUCAAUGAUCCUCCGGAGAGAUCCUCUAAUCAGCAUCUUACACUUUUCCUAUUCUCGUUACUGCAGCUGCGAGUUUCUUCGCUGCAGUCGCCCGUUAAAUUUGAUUAAAACACUAGAAACCAA